AUGUCCAGAGCCACAAGAUCAGCCUCUCGGUCUCCGAGCCACUCGAGAUCUCGGUCCCGAUCGCGUUCCAGAUCAAGGUCCACCUCACUGUCUCGAAGGAGUAACUCACGAUCCCACUCUAGGAGACAUCGUUACAGCUCUAGGUCUCGGUCCCGAUCACGGUCCCGGUCAAGAUCUCAAUCUCCGCAUUACAACCGUGACAAGAAAUACCAGAACAGUCGUGAAUUCCGGGGCUACCAUCGCGGCUUCCGGAGGCCUUACAACUUCCGAGGGAGAGGGCGGGGCCACUUCUCACGUGGACGAUUCCAACGUGGUGGCGGUGGCAGAGGCUACAAUAACAAUAACAACAGUAAUUUCCGAAACAACUGGAAAAAUCACAAGCAGAACCCACAGAAGCAGCAAAAGCAGCAACACCAAAACCAGUCUCAAGGGCGAUCCCACGUCCAAAAAUUCUCCAGGAGCCCCCCUCCACCUGGGCACUCCCGCCAAUAUGAUCGAUCCCCUUCACCCUCAUUAAGGGAAUCUCAGCAUUCUAACGCUCCCUCUAAUGGCACUCCUCCAAAAGCCCCUUUGGUGGCAGGUCAGAGUUCUGACAAUGUGAAAGAGGAGCUCUUGGCCUCAAAAGAGGUCCAGAUGCAAGGGCCAGAAAGGGAGCAAACAAAAUCAGGACAAGCCCGAGAUGUGCAAAACAUCGGUGAAACUGAGGGGGGCUGGCAAGUCCUGACAGAAUGCAACGGCAGUCCAAAGAAAACCAGUCAAGAAAAUCUUGCUGUUAAUGUUCAGAAUGAUCAAAACUCAGAGCAGUCUGGUUCCUCACCCCAGAAGCUGAAUGACACCAGCAAUGGUGCCCCCGCUUGGCAGCCAGUGUGUAAUGCACCUGCUACUACAAAAAUGUGUUCACAAGAAGCACUGAAUCAAAUGCUUUGCAGCCUUGAUAUCUUUAAGAGUGAAGAAUAUUCAGAUGGAGACAAAACUGCGCUCUCCAUUGCUUUCAGAAAGUUUUUGAAGGAGCACAGUAAAAAAUCCAAACCGACUGGGGAAAACAGCCCAGAGGCAAACACUGUAGAUGACCACCAAGGUGUUUCUGAGCCACCUUUAAAGCGCUACAAAGAAGACCUGAAUGGCAAAGUUCCUUUAAACCAUUUGUUGAAGGAUUCGCCUUCUCUGUCUGAUGAGGCGGAGGAAAAGAUGCUCCUCAUGUCGAGAAACAAAGACAGGCAAAAUGGGGAUGUGAACAACUCAAAUCCAAGGGUUGUUAAUUCAGCCAGAGAGCCAUUUGAAGAGUGCUUUGACAGAUUGAAAAGCAUGGCCUCUUCACAGGAAGGUGAUGGCAAACCUGAGUCUUUGAGAGAAGAGCUGUACAUCCCUCAUAAAUUAGCUACAGUUACUCAGCAAGAAAUGGAGGGUACUUUUGAAGGUCUUGGUUGCAGACCCAGAAAAAUGUCUGAAUCUCCCUUAAUGCCGUCUCGCAUAGCACUGUUGAGGCGGAACUCUGACAGGGAGAUGUCUAUGAUGGGAGAGGACAUUCCGCUUUUGCAUUUGAGAAAACCUGAGACCAAGAUUAAUGUCAGAAUGGAUUUUCUUGGAGACAGCAUGAUAGGUACUUCAGAGAUCUUAGCUCAGGAGAGACAACUGUCCCAGGACCUGGUGCAAUCCUCAAAGAGGGGCCAGGAAUUUCGUUCCAUCUUUCAGCAUGUUCAGAUAGCCCCUAUGCAGAGAACUCCUGCCGAGCUGUUUGCUCAGCACAUUGUGGCCAUUCUGCACCACAUAAGAGCUCAGCACUUUUCACCAUCCCGAUUGACUCUUAACGAGAGAUUCACCUUAUACCAAAGACAAGCUGCAGAGAAGGAGAGCAUGAAGCCGAGAAAAAGCCCAGAGAUUCACAGGAGAAUUGAUGUAUCACCAAGUGCUUUUAAGAAACACUCUCAUAUUUUUGAGGCAAUGAAAAGCUCAGAGGAUGGCACUAACAAGGACACUGGGGAAAAAACAAAGGCUGACCCAAUGGACCUGCGCUUAGAUAUCGAACGGCGUAAGAAAUAUUCCAGCCGUGAAAGAGAUUACAACCAGGAUGGAGUUGACGAUUCCCCAGACACCAGUCAAGAGAGAUCUCAGGAAAAAUUCUCUAAGAGAUCAAAGACCAGCGAGAGCAAGGGCUCUCGCUCCAGGUCGUCGUCCUCAUCGUCGUCCUCAAAGUCCAACGUGGAUGAUACGCCCAAACCUGAAGUAAAAAAUGAAGGCUUUAAUAGGGCUCAGCUGGCUCCGACUGAAACAUCUACAGAGAAAGACACACCGUGGAGAGGAUUUCAAGUACGAUUUCGUGGAAGGGGCUGGAAGAGGGGCAGCGACCAGAGAGACAGCAAUCCAGACAUGGGAGUAGCACCCAAAAACCAGGACUGGGAUCAGGAAUGUGCCCUAAAGAGCAGAACUUACUACUUGCACGAUGACAGAGAUGGUGAGGCAGAUGACAGCAAGUGGUUGGACAACCAUGGAGACCGAGGAUCCGGCGAAGGCGGGUUCUCACGUGGUCAAGCGAGAUUUAUCAUACGUAAAACCAACGAUGGGAGGCCGAACAACAAUUGGGCCCAAGAUAAGUUCCUGGUCAACGGAGAGAAAAGCAGAAUGCUGGAUAACCAGAUGGAACGAAAACAGAGAGACAGAAAUGCUUGA